GUUCAGAUCUACGAGCUGGAGGAGCACAAGAUCGAGACGUGGAGAGAGCUGUACCUGCAGGAGACCUUCAAACCUCUGGUCCACAUCUCACCUGCUGCCAGUAUCUUUGAAGCCGUGUUUUCUCUGAUAAAGAAUAAGAUCCAUCGUCUUCCUGUUAUUGAUCCGGUCAGCGGGAACGCUCUUUACAUCCUGACUCACAAGAGGAUCCUGAAGUUCCUCCAGCUGUUUGUGUGUGAGAUGCCCAUGCCUCUCUUCAUGACUCAGACUCUGGAGGACCUCUCUGUGGGGACUUUCACCAACAUUGCCUUCAUCCACCCCGACACCCCCCUCAUCACAGCUCUCUCCGUCUUUGUGCAUCGACGCGUCUCCGCUCUGCCCGUCGUCGACUGCAACGGUAAAGUGGUGGACAUCUACUCCAAGUUUGACGUCAUUAACCUGGCGGCAGAGAAGACGUACAACAACCUGGAUGUGACGGUGACUCAGGCUCUCAGACACAGAUCCCAGUACUUUGAAGGAGUCAUGAAGUGCAACAAACUGGAAACACUGGAGACCAUCGUGGACCGCAUCGUGAAGGCCGAGGUUCACAGGCUUGUUGUUGUUGAUGAAGAGUCUCGUAUCGUUGGGAUCGUCUCUCUGUCUGAUAUCCUGCAGGCUCUGGUCCUGAUGCCUGCUGGUAAUAGUUCUUAUUGUUAUGACUGUUGUUGUUGUUAGCAGAGCUGACUGUUGAUGAUGUCUUCUUCUUCUUGAACAAUGAGAUGUGUGUUUGAAUGUUUUAUUUAAAGGACCCUUUGAUGGAGCUGCUAAGUAACAAAGAUGUAAUAUAAUAAUGAUAAUAUUAUAAUAAUGAUAACAAAUGAUCAUAGUGUAGUGGACUUGAGGACAUCAUUCACAGGUUCCCUUUAAGGGAAAGAGAGUAACCAUGGUGAUGCAAUGUUAGGUUUGGGGUUAAAGGUUAGAAGGAAGUAAGUGUUUGUUUGUCGUGUUUUUGGAAAUAAACAGCGACAGAGGCGUGCAGCCAAAAAGAGAAGUUGCUGUACUUGUUUAUUCCGACGCUCCUACAUUAUGAUAAUAAUGAUCGAAUCUGCAGCUCGUUGAUAUCAAAUCAUUAACAUCGUGAUGAGAUCAUAGAGAGCACUGAACUCUGCCUGUCUGUCUGUGCGUCUGUCUGUCUGUCUGUCUGUGCGU